UAGUAGCGCAGUGUAGCAAUAUCGAAAUUGUAGGCUAGGAGUGUAGACACGGACGAUCCUACUCACCAGACCCAGCAGCAAUAACAAAAGUUACAAGAAGCCCGGAGCUGUUUUGUCAAUUUAUUUUAACCAGAAACCCGUUUUUAUCUAGUGUUAAGGUAAAGUUCGUUAGAACUGUCAAUUAAGUCAGUUCGCUAGCUAGGCAUGGCCGACAUCGACAAGCUUAACAUAGACAGUAUCAUUCAACGUCUCCUGGAAGUGCGCGGGUCAAAGCCGGGGAAGAACGUGCAGCUGCAGGAGAAUGAGAUCAGAGGCCUUUGUCUGAAGUCUCGUGAGAUUUUCCUCAGUCAGCCCAUUCUGCUGGAGCUGGAAGCCCCGCUCAAGAUCUGUGGUGACAUCCAUGGGCAAUACUACGACCUGCUCAGGCUGUUUGAGUACGGUGGAUAUCCUCCAGAGAGUAACUACCUCUUCCUGGGGGACUAUGUGGACAGAGGGAAGCAAUCUCUGGAGACCAUCUGCCUGCUCCUGGCCUACAAGAUCAAAUACCCCGAAAACUUCUUUUUGUUGAGGGGUAAUCAUGAGUGUGCGUCUAUCAACCGCAUCUACGGUUUCUACGAUGAAUGCAAGAGACGCUACAACAUCAAACUAUGGAAGACAUUCACCGACUGCUUCAACUGCUUGCCCAUUGCAGCCAUCGUUGAUGAGAAGAUCUUCUGUUGCCAUGGAGGCCUGUCUCCAGACCUCCAGUCUAUGGAACAAAUCAGACGGAUCAUGAGGCCCACAGAUGUGCCUGACCAGGGCCUGCUCUGUGACCUGCUCUGGUCCGACCCGGACAAAGACGUGCUGGGCUGGGGGGAGAAUGAUCGUGGUGUCUCCUUUACAUUUGGAGCGGAGGUGGUGGCCAAAUUCCUGCACAAACAUGACCUGGACCUAAUCUGUAGGGCUCACCAGGUUGUAGAGGAUGGAUAUGAGUUCUUUGCCAAGCGGCAGCUUGUGACUUUGUUCUCUGCACCAAACUACUGUGGGGAGUUUGACAACGCUGGAGCCAUGAUGAGCGUGGACGAAACCCUCAUGUGUUCCUUUCAGAUUUUGAAACCUGCAGAGAAGAAAAAGCCCAACUCCAGCCGUCCUGUGACUCCGCCCAGAGCCAUGGUCACCAAGCAGGCAAAGAAAUGAUUGGUGGGUGUGGUGAGGUCACCGAGCAGGCAAAGAAAUGAUUGAUGGGUGUGGUGAGGACCAUGUGGGACUUGUACCAUAGUGUAUCAGUCUGUCUGCUUGGACGUGUGCUUCUCUCUGUUCGGUGGUCGCUUGAGCUCACCUGGACCGUUGACUGCUUUUUUUUUUUUUUUUUUCCCCAUUCCUCUCCUCCCCGUUUCUGCGGCGACCGGAGACCACGCCUCUAUGAUAAGAGAAGUAGAAGAUGGGGAGCACCUCUUUUUCUCUUUGGUUUGAUCUUUUGAGACUAAAAUGGCUUUUCUAACCUUGAAUAGCACCACAGUGCACCUUUCCGUCUGUACUGCAUUUCCAAAGCACUGGCACAGAGAUCAGCUCCUUCAUUAGACCACUGACCAUGGGAGGACUCUUACUGACCUGUACACUUUAGACCAUUAAGAAAAAUAAAUCACAAAAUAAAAACAUGACACUCGGUGACACCCAUCCUAUAUGUAGUGCAACGUGUUUUGGCCCCACACGUCUCUCAGACCACUGUGAACAAAUCCAAUUCCCAACAUGUCAAUGGAUUUUUUGUUUUUCUUUCUUUUUUUGUCCUGUAAUGUGCCAUGACAGAUCCCAUCUGUUUUCAUUAUGUUUCAUGAAAUGGCUUGUUUUCUGCUUAUAUAUAUAUAUUUUUUUUUUAAAUUUACAUUAUUAUUUUAAUUUUUAAAACUAUUCUAGUAGAGAUCAGACAGGUCUUGUAUGUGUGGCAUGAGUUUUUGGCAUGACUUUUUUUUUGGCUGUAGCAUAAUAAUAAUUUGUAAGUUUGUGUAGUGCAGGCUGAGCACUGUUUAAGAUUUUUUUUUUUCUUUUUUUUUGGCUUGAAUUUGAAAUCAAGUUUCUAUUGGCCGGUAAAAAAACCCAGAACUGUUCUGCAAAUUGUUUGUAUAUGUAAAUACUAUUUUAAUCUCAUAUUUUAGCAGAUGCCCCUUUUAGGUUUUUGUUUUGGUUGGUUUGUUUUUUUGUUUGUUUUUGACCUGGAAUUCCAUGUUUCACAUUAUGAAGCCUUUGCAUCCAGGUCCAGGCAUGUGAAUAUAGACUUUUUGUUGCAUGUAUGUAGUAUUAGCUGAUGGGGACACUGGGGUCUCAGGGCAUGCACAUGACGGCAUGUCUUCAGGUGAUUUAGCGUGUCGUUCAUAAUGUCCUUCACCUGGUGUCGGCAACUCCUGCUUUUAACAUGAAAUUUGCAUUUCCAGUUUAAUACAAAACUCGCAUUUCCACGGUUUCUACUAAGUCACUCAAACCCUUAUCAACAGAACCUGUUUUGUUUUGGUCUUGGCAAUAAGUCACAAUGAUUUCCACAUUAUAAGACUUGUAAUACUUACUGAAUAAAUUUAAGGGGAAUGGGGGACUGUA